UACGUUUGUGUAGUUUGACAAGCCCAGUCAUUCGAAAAAGAAGAAGUGAAAAUUUGCCAUCGGUUUGUUUGUUUUUUAUUAGUAGGAGAUAUUAAACCAUAAGUAAUACUGUAUUCGAUAAACAAUGGACACAUAACGGAAUCCAGUACACAAAUAAAACAAACUAUUUAUGAUUCCGUUUUAGCGAAGCAAGGCUUCAGGUUUUUCAGGUUGUUUAUCUAUCUGAUCUUUACUUAAUACGGAGAGUGAAGAUAACUAGCCGUUCUCCACCACAAACUGAGCCCAAGACUAUACUGACUGGGUCCUGACUGACAACAUCACUGGGCACCGCAGGAGAAAUGGCAUCAGUGAAAGACAGCAGUCAAACACUCCUGUUGAAUAUCAUCACGAAAGAUAAAGAGGAGGAAGUGAAGAUUUGGGAAUGUGAUGAUUAUCCAGGAGAGAGUCCAGACAUGGCCUCUGUAGAGCUGGCAGGCAGCAGUCAAACACUGGGGCUGAAUGUCACCAUUAAUGAAGAGCAGAAGGAAGACAUUGAGGAAUCUGCUGAUCAUGGAGAGACCUCUAACUCCUCUGAGCAAGUGGAGACAUUUCCUGCAUCUGGGAAGAAACAUCAGGAAGGGACCAAAACUAAGAGGUCUCGCCACUGCCCACACUGUGAGGAGAGCUUCCCAUUCCCAUCAUAUCUUGAAAGACACCUUCGAAAACAUUCUGGAGAGAAGCCUUAUUCCUGCUCUGUUUGUGGGAGGAGUUUUUCCCAACUGAGUGGGUUGAACGUGCACCAGCGAACACACACUGGAGAGAAGCCUCACCGUUGUCCUCACUGUGAGGAGAGUUUCCCAUUUCCAUCAUAUCUUGAAAGACACCUACGAAAGCAUUCUGGAGAGAAGCCUUAUUCCUGCUCUGACUGUGGGAUGAGUUUUUCUCAACUGAGUGGCUUGAACGUGCACCAGCGAACACACACUGGAGAGAAGCCUCACCACUGUCCUCACUGUGAGAAGAGUUUCCCAUUCCUAUCAUAUCUUGAAAGACACCUGCGAAAACAUUCUGGAGAGAAGCCUUACUGCUGCUCUGACUGUGGGAAAUGCUUCACAACAUCAAGUCAUUUAACCUCCCAUCGCCGAGUUCACACAGGGGAGAAGCCUUACUCCUGCUCUGACUGUGGGAAGAGUUUCCCAUUUCCAUCAUAUCUUGAACGACACCUGCGGAAACAUGCUAACCAUUGUGUUAUAUGAAGGUCAUGUGGUGGCAACCAGCACUGAACAAUACAUUUUUGGCCAGCAGUCAA